CGAAUUAGUUUUGAAAUGAUGUUGAUGGUUCUCUGGUUAGUAUUUUUUGCUAAAAACUGCAGAAAGAUUACAUGACCUUUUCUGAACAUCUGUGGGUUGUAUUGACUUCAAAAGAGUUAGAAAAUAGUUAAGUAAUUUAUAUUCAAUUAUUUUGAUUUCGUACAAAUGUUUUAAAACAAUUAAUUCUCUGUUUCCGAUAUAUGGUUUCAGAAUAUUUUAUUUUUUAAAUUAUGGAUCCAGCAUCAAAGGAAUACUUUCAUACAUUUACAUUAUUGAAAGAAGAGAUGCAAGCUUUUAAAACAGAACAGAUUAAGCUGAAAGGUGAAAUUUCUAAACUUUUUGAAGAAAAUAGAAGACUUGCAAGUGAGUUAAAAGAAAAUGUUCAGCUCAGACUUCAGCAGUUCUCGGAGAGUGACAUUGGACAUCUUGAGCACAAACUGCAAGCUGCAGUUGCAGCGAAAGAUGCUGCUGUCGAAAUGUGGCAAGCUGCAUUGCAUCAGUUGGAAAAACAAGAAGAAUUGCUUGUUGGUAAAAAAAGUCUUGUUGCAGCUGAGAGAGAUGAAGUUGGUAAACGAAUUGAUUUAAUUAAGGAAGAAUAUAAUAGAGGUUUAAAUAUAUUAUCAGAAGAACUCUCUAAUACUAGAAAUGAAUUGCAUAAAGUAAAAAAAGAACUUGAACUAAAAAGUAGUGAAUUUGAAAAACUUAAAAAAAAUUCUGAUUCUACUAAUGAUGAAUUAAAUAAAAGCAGGAAACAUGUAGCUGAGCUUUCUGCUGAAAAAACAGAAAUGGAAAAGAAAGUUGAAAAUCUUCAGUUAGAAUUCAACAAUUGUGAAAAGAUAAUUUCUUCUAGCAAAGAAGAAAUUUCUGCUUUAAAAAUUAGCAAAUCAGAAUUGUCAACAUAUGUAUUGCAGCUUGAGGAACAAAAUAAGAAUUUGCAAUGUGAGAUAUCAAUAAAAGAAGGAAAUGCAAAGGAAAGUUUGCUUACUGCUCAGGAAGCUGUUCUGCAGAAAAAGGAAAUGGCUUACAGAGAAGAACAGUAUGCAAAAGAAAUUGAGCAGCUCAAAUUAUCUAUAGAUUUAGAAAUUGAGAAAGUUAGUAGGAGAUAUAAAUCAGAAAUGAAAGAAACUGAAAAGCAAGCAUCUGCAAAAAUUCAUGAUUUAAUGGAAGAAAUACAGUCUUUGCAUCGUGAAAACAGUGAGAAACAAAGCAUGUUUGAGAGAGCUGUCCGAGAAAGGCAAGCACUGGAAUCAAAAUUAGAACAGUUAUAUUCAGAGAGUGCAAGUGGUAUACCUGUGUCCGGUAGUGUCUUUGAUGACAUUUGCAAGCGCUUAACGAUGGCUGAAAGGGCUAGGGAUGAAUUUGAACUCAAAGCUGCAUUUCUUGAGACAGCUUUACAAGAAUUAAAAUCUGCUAAAGAAGACGAAUUACAAUAUCUUCAAGGAGAACAGAAUAAUUUUAAAGAACGGUUAGAUAAUUUGUUAAAAGACUUCAAUCAAGCAUCUGGUGAUAGAAUCAAACUUUGUGAUGAAGUGACAAAGUUAAAGAAGAAAUGUAUGGAGCUAGAGAAAGAAUUAAGGGUAGCAAAAUCAAAGCAUGCAAACGAACUUUCAUCGCUCGAAGAAAGUUCUCGUCAAAAGCAACAGACGUACACUGAACAAUUACGCCUUACUGAAGAGCAUUAUCAAAAAAUAUGUGGUGAACUACAGGCAUUAUUAGAAGCUGAGUUGAAGAUAAACAAUAGAUGGAAAGAAGAGGUGGAUGACUUGAUAGCAAAGUCUGAAAUUAAAAUUAAAGAACUGUGCCAAAACAUUAUUCACCUCACAAAUCAAAAUAGUGAACUAGUGAAUAUCUUGCAACAAAAUAAUAUACAUGUUCCUAUUUCUAAUAUAUAUUCUUUGGGCGAUUUAGUUAAUGUAUCACAAGCUGUAGGGAAUACCAGUUGAUAUUAUCUAUUUGAAAUGCAUGGCUGUUGAUAAGUAAAUAUUAAAUAGCAAGAAGUAUGUUCUUUAGCUCAAUAGUUUUUUUUACUUUUGUGUUUGAGAAUACAAAUUCUUCAUGGCCUUAAAAUUAUACCUAAUAUGUGAUAAUUUUUUUAUUUUUAUUUAUUUAAUUGGUUAAUUUAUGAAUUAUUAAAUUUAAUUCAACAUUAAAUUUAUUCAAUUAUUUUAAUAUUUAGGAUGCUAAGAAAGGUAAAAUUAGGCUUCUCAAUUAUUUAGAAUAAUAUAAAAAUAAAUUUUGAAAUCUGCAAAUGGUAUAGAUAUUUGAAACUGAGUAUUUAUGAUCAAAAUCAUAGAAACAACCUUGUAUUUAGUGUAAGUAUAAUGAAACAAUCAAUCGAUUUCGAGGGCAGCUAAAGGUCCUCCUCAUCAGGAGAAAGAAAUACCUAGAAAAGAAAUAAAGGGGAGG